CGGGCGGCGGGCGGCGGGGGGGACUUGUUGUUCUUUGCGAAGUCGGAGCCCCAGCGCGCGGCGGAGGCGGCGGCCGAGGGGAGCGCGAGAGUGAGCGCGAGCGCGAGGAGAGCGCGUGCCCGCGAGGAGCCGCCGCGCGCCCGCGCCCCCCGCGCGACGCCAGUUCCAAUUUCCAAGGCCUUCUGUUCGGGUGACGUGCCCAGGUUAUGACGACUAAUCCCAAACCAAACAAGGGGUUAAAGGUCAAGAAGGAGGCGGGCGAGAACGCCCCGGUGCUCAGCGAUGACGAGCUGGUGUCCAUGUCGGUGCGGGAGCUGAACCAGCACCUGCGAGGCCUCACCAAGGAGGAGGUGGUCCGCCUGAAGCAGCGCCGGCGCACGCUCAAGAACCGCGGUUACGCCGCCAGCUGCCGCAUCAAGCGCGUGACGCAGAAGGAGGAGCUAGAGCGGCAGCGGGUGGAGUUGCAGCAGGAGGUGGAGAAGCUGGCUCGAGAGAACAGCAGCAUGAAGCUGGAGCUUGACGCGCUGCGCUCCAAGUACGAGGCCCUGCAGACCUUCGCCCGUACCGUGGCCCGUGGGCCUGUCACCCCCACCAAGGUGGCCACCACCAGCGUCAUCACCAUCGUCAAGUCUGCCGAGAUCUCCUCCACCUCCGUGCCCUUCUCAGCCGCCUCCUAGUGCCUGGCCGGGGGUUGGGCCUUGGGGUGCAGCAGCCCGGGUGCUGGGUGGGCAGGCGGACGGGUGGUGGGCAUCCCUCUCAUGCCCAUCAGCGGUUCCCCUGGGGAGCAGACCCCCUAACACCUGAGCCCAAGUACAGACUCGUGGCGGGGACGAGGGUGCUGGCUAAAGAUGGGGUCUUGUGAGACCGUGUGCUGCACGCCUUCCCACAUGCGCACACAUGCACACACGCACACACGCACCCACCUGGCCUUCCUUUGGGCCCUGCCAGCUCUCUCCAGACUGUCCUUUUCCAGGGGUGUGCAUCUUGUGCCACUGGGAGUCGGGGUGUAUGGAGGGAAGGUCCACAAGGUUCCUGGCCCCGUGGCCCAGAUGGCAGGGCCUCUGUCUUCCACUGCCUCCAGGAGUGGCCUGCUGUCAUCCACCAGCUGGUGCAGGAACCCCCUCGCUGCCCUGACUGAGCUCUGGUGCUCUAGGAGGAACCAUUUGUCCCUGGUGACAAAAAGCACCAUGACAGUGCUCUAGCCUUACCGGAGACAAAGGGAGGGCUGCCUGAGAGGCUGUGUGUGUGUGUGUGCCCCAGGACAGGCCUGCCAUCACACCAGCGGUCACACCAGCACGCCAGCAGCACAAGGGCUGCAGGGGAGCGGCUUGGUGUGGCCUGUCACGUGUACCAGAUUUCCGUGGGGGUUGCCGGCUUUCCCUCUGUUGGAGGGACCCCAGGGAGGUCCCCACUGAGGAGCAGUAGCUGCUGGGCGGGGAGCAGCCAGCCAGGGAAGGUGGAGCAGGUGCAGGAAGGGGUGGCGGGGCCUGGGGGUGGACGCGCGCAGGGGUUCUGUGUGGAAUGGGGUGAGGUUGGCAGGGUCCUCGAGGGCAGGCUGUGGUUCUGCAGGAGGGGCUGGGUGGUGUGACAAGGGAGUUGACACAGGCAUGGGGCCACCUCCCAAGGACCUGGGUGGUGUGUUGGUGCAGGGGACAAGGGGACACAGCCACCUUGGUGCUUCAUCCUUACCUGGAACCUUCACCUGCUCUUUCUCCCCCCCCUUGGCACCCCUCAUGACCUUGGUGAUCCCUGCUGGGGCUUCCCUCCCCUGCAAGCCUCCUCCAUUGAUCAUGGCUUCUGUGCUCCAAACUUGGACCGCCCCUUCCUGCCCCUGCUGGAGCCAUGCCAGGGCUGCGGGGUUUGGGGGUGGUCUGUGAGUUCAAGCUCCCAGCUUCCUCCUGGCCCUGCCACCCGCCACCCACCACCUAGGGAGGAAGAGGACAUGUGGCCCCAACGGCUGCAUCCUCCUCUUGUGUCUGCUGUCAGGGGCGGCCGGAAGACGUCUGGGGCUCUGCAGCAGCAUUGCCUUGUGGCCUUGGCUUGGCCUUGUCCUGGGGGAGGGUGAAGGGUCUUGGGCAUGCUGGAUCCUGACAGAGCAAAAGGCCCAGUGUAUUUAAAAAAAAAAAAAAAAAAAGCUGUCAAUACCAUAGCCAUGGUAGGUAAUCCACAUUGGAUAUCAAUAAGGACCAUGGGGAAAUAUUUAAAAGAGAGAAAAGUAUAUAUAUAUAUAAAAUUAUAUACACAUUUUAUCGUACAGAUUUUUCGUAACUUUUUUCCUGUUUUUACUGUAAAUCCCUGAUAGAGCAGAGCUGCAGUUUGGGUCGGGUGGGGGUGGGAGCCUAUCACCCCCACCCCGGCUGCCCGCUGCUCCCCUCCGCAUCCCGCCUGCCCUGGGGCCCCCUGUGUGCCCGCUCCCUGGGGGGCUGGGGGCCAGGGACGGAAGACCGGAGCAUUCUCGCGCUUUUUCUUUCAGCUCACUGAGAUUCCAUUGUCACACGUUUAAUAUAUGGAUUUUUUUUUAUUUAAGAGAAAAGGCAAGGACCUCUGUCCCUUGGGUUUGUCCCCUUGUCUCCUGUGCUUCAGACACACGGGUCCUUCCCGAGGGGGCAGUGCCUUCAUCCGUCUGGGUGACAGGGCCUCCUGUGUCCUCGCCUCCAUUGCUCGGCUGUUCCAUUUCAAUAUUUAUUUUUGUGCUGCUUUUAUGGUAUAAAUUAUUGAGAAGAGACCCCACGUUGUGGUCCUUGUUCGUUUGACACGUCUGCGCCUGCCCUGUCCCCUCACAGCCACCACCUAAUUUAUUGCUGUACAUCUCUGCUGUGAUGCUUUUGUACCUUUGCAAUAAAGUUUUCUGGUUUCA